GACAGAUAAGAUUAGAAACUUUCGGGGACAGUUGCAUGUACAGAAAUACUGUCGUGUGACAUUGACACCUUUAUUCCUGACGACAAAAAGCAGAAAUGCAAAGAAAACAACAUCGGCUAGCAAAACAUCCUCAUUUUGAGGAACAAACAUCAUCAGGUUGGCUCAAAGUCUCUGACUGUAUUUGACUGUUUGUCUCUGACUUUAAAGAAGAUGCCAUCCCAGAGGGUUAAGGUUAUGUUCAAUAAUCCAAGUGUUUCCACGUCCGCAGGUAAGAGAAAACUCCACUUUAAUAUUGCUUAAAAAUAGUCUCCUGCUUGCAAAAACUCUUGCCACUAAAAACUUUCUUUUUCCAUCAAAAUACAUGUUUUUUGACACUAACCCAUGCUGAUUAUCUUUGAACACUCUUCUAAUCUAAAAUAAACUCUGCAUUUCCAAAUCAUGUCAAUGAAAAUCCUCUACCAGCAGAAAUUCAAAGCUAAUUUGUGAACUUUUUCCUUCACACUGAGUUGUGAAAAUCAGAUGGAUUAGUGAUUCAGUCCUCAGUGUGUAAGUGAAAACUGUAGUUAAUCUUUCUAGGCUUACCCGGUUUUUGUACAUCUAAGUUGUGCUUUUUGUCAUGACUUUGCCUUUUAUUCAAUUUGUGUUUGGAGAAGUAUAUAAAACAGUGAAACUAAAUGAAGGACUGAAAUAUACAGUGAGCUCAGUCCAUGGAAAAAUGUGUUUACUGUUGAUUUAACUGUGCAGAGAGAAUUUAUGACAAUUGCUUUUACAAGUUUGUUUAUCGAACACCAUUAAAAUGAGCGUUACUUAAUUUUUCUAACAUCUAAAAUGGACAGUCACCUUAAUCAACCAAUUUCACAUCUGUGCUGUUUUCUUAAUAUUGAGAAUAUGCUCCUCCUAGGAUUUGUACAUGCUCUUAUAUUUCUGAAUUUGACCUGCAUUGCAGAUGAACUUGAGGAAGAAAAUGAUUACAUAAAUACAGCUGUUUGGACUGUGAAUGAAGAGACUCCCGCUUCAGGUAUAUUGUGAAUGGGAUUUAUCAGUCCAGGUUAAAGAUCUAUUAUACUGUACGUCAAGUGACAACUGUGAUUUACAGAAUAUUUAACCAAAUACUACUGCCAUCAUAUGGUUAUGCAUACUCACGGACUGCAUUUGUUAAAUGUUGAACCAAAAAUGUGAAUUCUUGCCUUUCUCUCAGAUGAGAAGACUCCUUCUCCCAUCAUUCAGCGCUUGUCUCCCAUCAUUCAGCGCUUGUCUCCCAUCAUUCAGCGAUUUUCACCCAUAGCAGUGUGUUGGGGAAUACUGUUGCUUAUCAUGGUCCUCCGAAUUUACUGUGAGUAUACUGUAGACCCGACACUUGCCUCAUCAGGAACACAAGUGAAGACUUAGAGAAUAUAUAUUUAACAUAUCAUAAAAUUAGACAAAUGCAACAUAGGUUUUUGUGCCAAACACUAAGACAAGAUGGCAGUUUGGUGUUGAUACAUGUCCUCUUCUUUAAUCUCCUGAUUUCCUUGUUUUUAAAGUCAUUGUUAUUCAGUGUUUGCAUUAAGCAGACAGUUUUGAAAUGUGUUUUAGGACGAGAGGACAAGAGUAAAUUCCCUUUAGACCGGACUUGUAUCAUCAGUUUAGUUUUGUAUUGUAGAUACUUCUGUCAUUACUGGCAAGCUGAGAGAGCAGACCGAAGGUUCAGAGCUUGCUGAUCUAUACUGCAAAUAUAUCAUCAACAAGCUGAACGUAACCAUCCAAAACUUGGAGAGGAGCCACAGCAGUCUCGAAGCUCAGAUACAAGAAAAGGAACGAGCCCGUACUGUCUUAGAAAGCAGAAUCACCAGCCUCAGAGAAAACUAUAAGGGGAUAGAGAGAGAAAACCAGGGGCUGAAGACAGAAAACCAGAGGCUGAAGACAGAAAACCGAAGGCUGGAGGCAGAAAACCAGAAGCUGCAAAGAGAGCAAGAAGCUUCUAGGACUACAUUGACCCCACGAUAUACAAAUGACUUCACCACUCAUAACCCGGAGAUGAUGACAAAACUGUACCGCAGAAAAAGUAUGUUAGCAUCUUCCUCUUUUGUUGAAAAAGAAAGCAUUAGUAUUGGUGCCACAAUACAAUACAAUUCAGAGAGUUUGUCUGUAUUGUUGCAGAAAGACAGAGUGAACCCUGUGAACCAGGCUGGCAGCAUUUCCAGUCCAGCUGCUAUGAGAUGAGUCACCAUGACCCUCCUGAUCACAGAACCUGGGAGGAAGCUCGAUAUGACUGCAGAGGAAAGAACGCAGAUUUGGUUGUCAUAGAAAGUCCAGAGGAACAGGUGAUGCAAACACCAGAAGUCUGAGGAUUGAUGGGCACAAUAAAAUCACAGGCCUUCAAUCCGUAUAAACAGUGAACCAAUAUUUUAUCUUUUGAUUCAACCCAAAGGAGUUUUAAAAUUCAAAGUUCACACUGAUGUCUUCAUAUCAUCAGUGCUAGACAAGCAUGAGAAAUGUCUUUUUUAUUCCAGCAAACAGCUUCAGGAAAACAUUCAAGUGCAAGUUUUGGGGCCUAAAUGUGCUGACCAAAAUGGCUGUUUGAAACAGUUUAUUGGCAUUAUUAAUAAAGAAAUUGGCAGCUAUUUUAAAAUGGCACCAAAAUAAAACCGCAGCUCUUUUAUCACAUUCUGCGAACAACAAGUCUGCAAAUUGCUGAAAGUCAAUAAAUAACAUCUGAAAUGUGUGGCCUGCUACAUUUAUUACAAGCACAAGAAAUCUUUCUGCUGAACAUGACAGCAAGUAGCUAAAAUUCACCAUUGUAAAUACUUAAUGGAAAAAAGGUUGUGUUUUCUGUUCCAAUUCCACCACUGUUGGUAAUGUCAGCCUGCAUUGAUAUAUAUAUAUAUAUCUAUAUAUCAAUAACCUAUUUAACAGGUAAUUCUUCUCACAGGUGAAUAUGACAAUGGGUUAUUUAGUUGAUUAAACUGCCCAUCUCCACCCACAUUCUUUCGCGAAUACCAGCAAAGAGCAUGUUCCUUCUUUUCGACUGAAGAGGAAAUGUUUUCACAACUUAAAAAGAAAAAAGUACCAGAAAAUUUCUUCUGCUUUACUUGGAGUGUUUGUGGUCACCAAGAAGAGGUUUGGGGAUUUCCAGAAUAACCAGCGAAAAAAAAAAAAAAAAGCACAUUUAUGACACUUUUCAGUUGUAGCUCAUUGCUGAAGAAUAAUUGAUCUGUCUUUGUGAUUUUCAGGGGUUCAUCUCUCACGGUGUGGCGGCUUUGGGACAUAGUGGCUUCUGGAUUGGCCUUAGAGUUGAAGGGGGCAGCUGGAAGUGGGUCAGCGGAGAUGAUCUUACCACAAAGUAAAUCAUGUGCCUGAAACAAUGAAUCAUUUUUAUAGCCAACAAAAAUCUAACCAUCAUGCUCUUCUCUCAGUGACCGGACUGAGUGGCCUGCUGACAACCAUCUCUGUGUGAUUUCUGUCGGAGAGCCUGAGGGAUGGCAGGCUGUGAGCUGUGAUCUUAAAAAUGGAUGGAUCUGUGAGAUGAGAGCUUCCUCUUUCUGAGGAAUUUUCUCUGUCUUGUGGCCUUUUUCCUUUGUAAAUUACCACUUCUGAUUUUCAUAGAGAAACGUGCACAGGCUGUUUAUCAGGCAAUGCUCCCCAGUGCAACAAGACUGAGUGCUCUCUGAUGGGCCCCCCCUAGGGAGAUCUCUUAAUGUCAUCACAGCUUUUUUUCCACUGUCAUAGCAAACCUUUCUUUUUGGAUUUCUAUUAACAUAACCUUUGCACAAAAUCUGGCUUUCUUAUGCCUCUGCUGAGGCUCCAAAAGAAAAAAGCCAAUCCUAAAAAUGAAAGCCAAUUGUGGUGACCAGUGAUCGGUUCUAUAGAAAAUCAUUACUUCAUGGGGCAUUUUGGAAAAACUUAAAUAGUCUAGCAGCUAUAAACACUGAUCUCCAUACUCUAAAAGUCACCUUAUAUCAAAGAUGGCAAAGUCUGAUUAAUAUGUUAUGUUUUUUGAUAAGUUUUAAAGGUAUUUUGUUCAUGAUAGGUUAAAGAGGAUGUUGGAUCAUUGCCCCCUCUCUCAGCAAUAGGAAAAAUAACAGUCUGUCCAUACCAUGCUUUAGAUAGUAAAUGGUCAUAGCUGUACAGAUAAAAGGUAGGCAAUGAGUUUGACUUAAAUUUUAGUACAAUGAAGGAAAGGGUUUUGUAUCAAUUAACAAUAUUUGUUGCUGUAUUAAUUACAAUUAUAUUGUGUAGUUUGGCCUGUGUCCACAAAUGUUUCUUUGUGCUGGCAGCAC